CGACAUUGACUCGAAGCCAUCAACGACAUUCGAGACCUCUGUCAACCACAUUCCCGGCCGUGCCAGCGUCGCUUGCCCCUGGCUGACUUCCCGUGAGCGGCUACACACCCGAGACUCAUUACUACUGCACUAUGCACACACCCGAUACGCCACGAAGCUUUGCUUGUGGUGGGUCAUGCUCGGUACUUGACAAAGGGUUUUACUUUGGCUCGCAACCACAGUUACUUUAAGUAGGUACUCCCGGGAGCAGGAGCCGGCAGAGGACGGUUGAAUCUCGCGUUUGCGCUGCAGGUACCAACAUCGUCACCAAUCGAAACACCAAGCAUUCUUCCAGGUUGCCAUCACGCGGCCGACACAUCGACAACUUAUACCCAGGCCUCAACAUGCGUACAGCGUUUGCCUACGAACAGCGACACCAGUAACCUUUCUCUACGUUUCGGCAGGCCUCUCAUGUUUCCGUCUGUCCUAAGAUGAACAACGGCAACUUGAAUCAUCCCAAAGUCGCCGGUUUAUCCUGCCUCUAUUCCAGAAAAACCGAAAGAAAAGCUUAACGUACUCAACACUGCACAAAACCCUUCUCAAGAUGAUUCCUUUGAUUCCUGUCGUUGCUGGGCUAGCCGCUGUCGCUGCACCCGCGAUAGUUACCGCACCCAUUCUCGCCGUAUUGGGAUUCGGUGCUGCGGGGCCUGUUGCUGGCUCUGCUGCAGCCAUAGCUCAGGGCGUAAUCGGCAAUGUUGUCGCUGGCAGUCCCUUUGCCAUUGCGCAGAGCGCUGCAAUGGGCGGAUAUGGUGCCGCAAUUGUCAACGGAGUUGUUCAAGGUGGCGGAUUGCUCGUCACUGGCAUCUCCAGUGCCGAGUGUCUGAUGUCGGGUUGCGGAAGGGACGAGAUUUGAGGAGAAGAUAAAACAUCAUCAGACAAGUGUCGACCGUAUUAACAUGCUAGUUUGGAAAUUUGUUGCGUGGGUCGGAUUCAAGAAUGUCAUAACAUAAUCGGUCUCUGUCAUUUUCUGGUCCGCAUUGAGUCAGCCCUUGCUCGUUAUCACUUUGAGUAGGCGUAUCUCUCCCGGGAAGUCGAGUUAUUGAAGCAGCCGUACUUUUGGC